AUGGAUGAAAGGUCCCGGGAUGAUGCUGAGCAUGAGGUAAAACGCAGCGCUGACUGGAAAGGUGGAUACAAGAAAAAAACCGGGGCCAAAAAGCUCAAAAAUGAAGCAAAAGGCCCCACAUCAACAGGCGGUUCCGGAAAUGCAAAAUCCAAGAAAAAGUUCAAACGCAACAAAGAGCAACCAAAAGUUCCGCCUGCUCAGCAUAAAGUUGUGGUUCGUUUGCUGCCGCCAGAUUUGACAAGCGAGUUAUUUUUUGAAACGUUACACAAAGAGCUGGGCUCUGAGAACGGUAGCAAAGCUGGAGCACAGUUCUUGGCCGAUAAUGUUGAUUCUCAAUACUAUGUGCAAGGCCACUACUCCAGAAAACCGUUCAAGCUUCCGACGUACUCUAGAGCGUAUCUGACGUUCUUUGAGCUGGCAAAACUGCAAGAAUUUCAAGGAAAAAUCAAAAAUUUGAAGUUCACGGACGACAGUAACACUUCAAUGGUUCCUGUAACGGCCAUGAGUCCCUACGUCAAGCGUCUCAGAAACGAUGAUCGAAAAGGUGCAAAAAACCAUAAGGCCAAUCUUGAAGGUACCAUUGAAAAGGACAAAACUUUUCAAACUUUUUUGAAGUCCAUGGCGCUGAUGAAUGAAAACAAGGAGGAAUUUGGCUACGCUGAUCUCAGCGUCAUUCAACCUCUACAGAAAGCCCUGGAUCGUAAGCGAGAAGAAGAAGCCAGGAUCAAAAAUCAAGGAGAGCGUGCUGUCAUUGCUCUGGCCGGAGAAGGAGCCAAAGAAAAGACUAAAAAGAACAAGACCAAAAGUAAAACCAAGUCCAAGAACAAAAAAUCUGUUGGUGAAGUGUCAGCUACCAAGAAAAAAAACAAGUCUGGUAGGGCUCCCAAGGGCGCUUCGGACAAACAAAACAUGGUCAUUAUCGAAGAAGCGGGACGACGUGAGCUUCAAAGAAGAGACCGUGUGAAGAAAAUGGAGAAAAAGGGCAAUGCAGCUGAUCAAGGGCUUUCUGCCACCAACAACGCUGAUGCUAAUGCUCCAUCUACGAAAAAGCCUGCAAAGAAAAAACCUAAGGCGAAGAAAAAGCCGCAGUCUAGAGGCAAAAAGAAGACAGACCCUGCGGAGCCAGGCUCAUCAAGUGCCUCUACCAAGACUGAAACUGGCGGUCAAAAAGCUGAGGCGCAACCUAAACUAGGAUGA